AUGUAUCCGGACGAGCAGCUUGUAGCCGAUACUUCUGGAUUCCUGACAGUGGUCUCGCUGGACAAGAAAGGCUCAGCCCAGGAUCCCAUUUCCACAGUGAAGACCGAGGGCCCAACCAAUGUGAUAGUGGAGCGAAAUCCGCAGGAUUCUAUUUCCACCACAAAAACCGAAGACCCGAUCCCUAUCUCUACUAAAAAAACCGAGGACCCAACCGACGUGGUAGUCGAGCGAAACGCCCAGCCUGACUAUAUCCCAACACCCACUGUCUUCGCUUUAUCUGGAGGACCUACGGGUACCCCCGUCAGCUCUGGCGAGAGCCAGGCUCUAGAUAAGCGAGAUACCAAAACGGCCUGCACACCAAAGAACCCCAAGGGCCACACCACCAAGCCCCCGGAGCCAACCAAGGGCCCACGGAUCGACUGCAAAUUGCUCUUCGCCGACCCAAACCAGGGCAGAAACCACGCCGAGUGUCUCUGCGACGGCAGCACCUGGCCUGUUCUCCCCGUCUCGACGGGCGAGCAGUCCGAUAGCUGCGCGUACUCCACGACCCCGGCGCACAUAACCAACCCCAACCCUUCUUCGGAGCUCCUGACGAGAACCUGGACCUCGCAGUGCCAGGCGUGCACGGAGGUCGGGGGGUUGUAUAAUGAUAAUAAUCCUGUGCACUGUACCAAGGUGCCUUCGUGUACAACGACCAAGCCGGCCAAGCCGGCCGAGCCGACCAUGAGGGUCACGUUCGCGAACGAUACGAUCCCGAUCGGGGAUUGGAACAAUGCCAACCAGGGCGCUGACCUGCGGAAAAAGCUCUAUGAUGGGUUUACUGGAGAUGACGGGCCUUGCACUGGCUCGAUAUCUUGUGACAGUAGCAAGGAUCUGGUUUUUGACGAUAUCCCGGCUGUUGGGGGCGGCGGCGUGGAGUAUCUCAAGCUCACCUUUAAUGUGCAGGAAAGCAGCUUUGUGGAUGCGUCUGAGUUGCAUAAGAUGCUGUGCGAGGAAGUCGAGUAUAAAAGCGAGCCGGAUCAGACGGAGUCGGGCUGUGGCUCGAGUCCUGUUAAGCGGGAUUUACAGCCAUGGUUCAAGAAGAGAACGCCCAUUUGUGAGAUGUGUAAUCCUCCGCAGGAGGAAUGCACUUACCAUGCUACCAUCUGUUCGGCGCCAAAACAGUUUCAUGUUGCCAGGGCUGCCAACGGUGAUCCAUAUGCCCAGUAUCUAGACGUGGAAGUGACUGCCGAACUGGAAGGAAUGUCAGGAAUGAUCGAGUUUGAAUGCGAGAUGUUUGCCGAGGCGGUCGAGGGCACCGUCAUUGUUGUUACGACUUUCUUUCCUGAGGCAGCUGCGGUUGCUGGGGAGGCAUCCGUGGCCGAUGCGGACUUUGUGGCUUUGUGCCAGAAGAUGAGUGGUGGUUGA